AUGUGUACUUCACAUAGGCUAUUCUUAGUUGCUGCAAGAUUUUGUUGCAUUGCUCAACGGAAUGCUCCAAUUGUGACUCACCUACUCCUUGUUCAAGACGCUGGUAUUAACAUCGCCUCAUUUGGUAUGCUAUUUGUUGUCAUUGAAAGAGCCAUAGCUUCAAGAUUUACCACCACCUACGAGGUUCAAUGUACUGGAUUUAUCGUGCCCAGUUUGUUAUGUAGCACAGUGGCCUUAAUUGUUAUUGUGUUAGUUAAUAUUUCUUUAUACCGACAACGACAUCAUUUUAUGAUGGAUCUUACAAACAAAUAUCAAAUGGAUGAGAAUAUCAGAGUUUGCCGCUAUCUCAUACCUGUCGCAAUCAAUAACGUUAUGACUCAGGUCGUAUUUAUAUUGCUCAUAGCGUACUCUGUCUUUUUCACAGAUAUUCCCCUCGGUCAUGACACUUCUUACUUGAGUCAUGCGUAUGAUCUUUUACUAGCCUAUGAACGGGAUUUUUUCGUGAUAGCGCUUGUUCUACGAAGUCAAAAGUUUGAUCAACUGGUGAAACGACGAAGAAGAACGUCGAAAGUCGUAGAAAUGGAAGCUGCAGCUGCUGCUACAUCUGAUCAUUUCAACAGCCUUAAAAAAAUGUGGUCAUAG